CAAAUUCGUGCACUUAUAAUGCCCUUUAUUGAUGGUUUCUGCAAAGAAGGAAAAGCGCAGGAAGCAUUUUCGCUGUUGGAAAAGAUGCUGAACACAGGUCGUAAAACCUACAGUUCAUACAUAUACAAUUCUUAUUGAAAGAAUGCUGAAAGAAGGUGAUUUUGAUUAUGCUCAUAAAGUUUUUGAUGAAAUGGUCUCCUUGGGACAUAUGCCUGAUGUAUUUACAUAUACUGCGUUUAUUCACGCAUAUUGUUCUGCGGGAAAACUGAAAGAAGCAGAGGACAUGAUAGUUAAGAUGAAGGAAGAGGGGAUUAUGCCAGAUUCACUGACAUACACCUUGCUGAUUGAUGCAUAUGGAAACUUGGGAUCAAUAUAUUCUGCUUUUGAUGUUCUGAAGCGAAUGUUCGAUACUGGUUGUGAACCUUCUCAUCAUACGUUUUCUUUUUUGAUCAAACAUCUUUCAAAAAAAAGGUGGAUGAAAGAAAAUGGAGAUGCAGUUGGUCUUUAUUUGAUUUCAAAUGCCUCCUACAUUGAUGUUGCUGACGUGUGGAAAACAAUGGAAUUUGAUUUUGCUCUGGAUUUGUUUGAGAAAAUGCUUGAACAUGGUUGUACCCCUAAUGUCAACACUUAUGGGAAGCUCAUUAUUGGACUUUGCAAAGUUGGUCGAUUGGGAGUAGCACAGAGGUUAUUUAAUCAUAUGAAAGAAAGAGGAAUAUCUCCCAGUGAGGAUAUUUUUAAUUCUCUUCUUAGUUGUUGCUGUGAAAUGCAAAUGUACGGGGAAGCCAUAAAGCUUGUGGAUGAUAUGGUCUAUCAUGAUUAUUUACCACAAUUAGAGUCUUGUAAACAUUUGGUUUGUGGUCUUUAUGAGGAAGGGGACAAGGAUAAGGCUAAUGCAGUUUUUUGCAAGUUGCUUCAUUGUGAGUAUAAUCAUGAUGAAGUAGCUUGGAAAUUGCUCAUUGAUGGCUUACUAAAGAAGGGCCUUAUUGAUACAUGUUCUGAAAUGUUAGAUGUCAUGGAAAAAAAGGGCUGGCAGAUCAAUCCUCAAACGUAUGCAAUGCUAAUUGAAGGACUUGAUGGAACAUAAAUUUUACUUGUUGGUUCUUUUUUUUUUCUGCCAGAAAUUUUUUAUGAGUGGGGAAAAAGGUUCUUCCACUUCUACGCCCAGCUAUAAAUUGGGGGUUCAAACAUACAGAUGGAACAAAGCAGAUGUAUAUUGUCAGAGCACUAGAUGCUUUUGGCACACAUUUUCAAUGUAAAUUGGGCCAUCUUAUCGAUUUUGAUUUGAACAUUUUUAUCAGUUGAUGAGGAAGCAGUAUUUCUACGGUAAUUUCCAGUUCAGUAAAAGCAGGAGUGUUUUGAAGGAAAAGGUCCAUAUGCCUUGGCUAUAGGAGGGAUGGCAUGAUCUAGAAAGAGAAGUUUCUGGCACCUGCUCAUGAAACCGAACAAUUAUUACGGCAUCAAAUGAUUCAGAGCAGCAAGCAUUCCAGACGUCAGAGUUGGUUACUAUUUGAAUUAUUCAACCAAUCAAGGAGAAUGUAAUAAUUUCUCCCUUUACAAAAGAAGUAUAUUGUCUCAGCUACCCAUUUACAGAUCGUGGUCAGUUUCUGUGCUCAUCAAAGAUGGAAGUGUGAGACAGUGGAAUUCUUUAAGUGGUAUUGACCAAGUAAUUCUCACUAGCCCAUGGUUGGCUGAGGGGACAUCCCAUAACAACAUCAAACACUUCUUCUGCAAAUAAUACAGGUAAGUUUAGUUCCAUAAUUGGCUUUAGUUACUCUUAUACCUUCUCAACCUGAAAGCAAAAGGAAAAAGAUGGAACUAGAAGAUGCAGAUAAAUAAUGUGAGAAUCAUAUAAACAAUUUGAAGCCCAGAUUCAUGAAUAACUUGGAGAAGCUCAUCUAGGAACUGCUGCAAACACCUUUUAGGUUUUUCUGACCAAUUAAGUAAAAUAUGUUUUGCUCUAUUGCAACCAGUUUGAAGUCCAAGAGGUUCCAUGAAAGACUUUGUAUAAAAUUUAUAUGCUAAUUUAUUAUAUGUUUUUAUGUCCUUUUAACAUUUUUCGUUAUAAAAGUGAGUUCAGUAAGAAUAGCAUCCUUUGGCUUUUUGAGCAUGCAAUAGUCAAACAGGGAUAGGCUUACUGUAUUUAUAGAUCUAUAGUUAUUAAAAAAAAAAACAGACAUUUCUAGAUCUAUUACUGGUGCCUAUGCAAUUUUUCUAAUGUUUGUGAGUGAUUUAAUCAAUCUUAACUUGGAUUAUUUUCACGUGCUUUCAAAUUAAGAAAUAACUGAAAUAACAUGAUCUCACAAACACUUGGUGCAUGGUAAUUAAUCUGCUUGUGUAUAAAUUUUAAGAUAAAGGAAUUUUCUUUGUUUCUUUUUGUUUUCUUUUUAUGGAGAAAAAGGACGAUAGAAGACGGGGCGGAUUUGCUAGCUAUAGCUCUCCACAACCCAAUAUCUAUAUCACUUGUGUCAAAGAUAGUGCCGAUCCAAUCCCUAUAAUGUUCUAAGAUUGCAUUAUGUGCUUAAAUUUUUUGGUUUCUAGAUCUCCCAUUGUCUACCUACUUCCACUGAUAAAUUCAUACAUAAUCCCACUGUUGUAAUGGUUUCUAAGAGAAUCGCACAUGGACUGAAAGCACAAAGGCUGCUGCAAUAUCCUGCUUUCGUGGUUGAGGACAAGCAGAACUGUAGAUCCCAUUUCAAUUAAUUCGAUUCAGUUAAUUGUUGUUUUUCUUUGUUUUAGAUUAUAUAGUUUGUUAUUAUUGGUGGUCAAAAACAGAGUUGAUAGCAAAGCAUCAUCGUUGAGGAGAGGAUUAAGUAGGACUACAAAAUUUGCUAAAGACUCGAGUUUCUGGAUUAUGAUGGGUAGAGAAGGGACCAGGUGACUAAAAAGAUAUUCUUUUGCACCUUAUCAACCUGUCAGGAGCGGCUCAACCUAAAUGACAUUCAAAGAAAGCAAUAAACCUUUUAUGGCAGAGAAACAUGAGAAUCCUUUAUGGCAAUUUUUGGAGGUCUAUGGUUACAGAAAGAAGAAGAGGAUUAUUAUCCCAGAAGGCAUUGGUUUUCAGGCUGGCUGAUGUCUUAUAGUCCAUGAUUGAAGUGGAAGCAGUGCAGAGGAGGAAUCAGAAUUUUAAAUCACUAGAAGAAUGAGCGAAUUUUCAGAAAGUUCAUCAGCAAAAGACUAGUUGUGGUAUGGGCACUCUUGGUGGAAGAAGUAGAACCAAACAUCAGAAGGGAUAUUAAUACAUCGAAUCGGUCAAAGGGAAAAAAAUUGGUCAAACUCAAAAAGAAAAAAGGGUCUCGCGAGCCGGUUGCAGCACAAA